CUAAAUCCGCCAUUACUAUUUUGUCGGACAUGGUACUAUUGGUCCUUGUUGUUGGCCGUAUCGACAGCAAGUGAUAGACGUAUUCCGUGUAAAAUGCUGUCAAGAUUGGCUCUUCGUAAUGCUCAGUUGCUGUCUACUGCUAUGCGUGGAGCACAAAGUGCUUCGUCAGUAGCAAUGGAGCCAACUCGUCCCAAACGUUUGAUUGAUCCAUCUCCAGUUAGACAUGGAUUUAUACCUGAAGAAUGGUUUCAAGCUUUCUAUCCAAAAACUGGUGCAUCAGGACCAUAUGUAUUUGCUAUAAGUGUGAGCACUUAUCUAAUUUCCAAAGAAAUUUAUGUCAUGGAGCACGAAUAUUAUAAUGGAUUAUCUCUGUUAGUAAUAUGUGUAGCGAGUGUAAAACUAUUUGGCCCAAAACUUGCUCAGAUAUUGGAUAAACAAGUAGAUAAGUGCCAAAAUGAUCUCGAAGAGACUAGGAACAUUAGAGUGACUGAAUGCGAAGAAUUUAUUUCUCUUGAAAAGAAACAGCAGGCGAGCUUGGAUGGUCAGAAAAUGAUAAUGGACAUUAAGAAGGAAAAUGUUAAGAUGCAGCUGGAAGCAACUUACAGAGAACGAAUGGUGCAAGUGUACCAAGAGGUGAAGAAGCGUCUUGACUACCAAGUUCAAAUACAAAGUCUUGAACGCCGAAUUGCACAGAAGCAUAUGGUGCAAUGGAUCGUGAACAGUGUACUGAAGUCUAUCACUCCUGAGCAGGAAAAAGCGACUCUUCAGCAAUGCAUCAAAGAUCUUGAAGCUCUUGCUGUAAAAGUGUAAAAAAGUUACGAUUAAAUUAGAUGAAAUAGAAACAGCGUGAAAGGAAGAUUGUCAUCAGACAUAAUUUACUUCAUGCGGUUAAAUAUUAUUUUCGAACAUUCAGAAUGGUAAAAAUGUUAUAAAUCAAUAAACGCCAUACUGAAACAGU